AUGGCUAACUCGUCUUUGCUCGGUCUUGCUCUUUACCUUCUCCUUUUCAAUGUCUGCUGUGCUCAGAUCGAGCAAAUGCCGAUGCAGUUCGGACGCCAGCAUCGCCUGCAGGGACUCCGGCAGCGCUGGAAGACCGAGUGCCGCUUCGAGCGCGUGCAGGGCCUGCAGCCAUCCCGCCGGGUCGAGUCCGAGGCCGGCAUCAGCGAGUACUGGGACGUCCGAGGCGACAGAGGACGAGGACAGCUUCAGUGCGCCGGAAUGGCGGGCGGGCGCCCCACCCUCCGCCUCCUCUUGCCUUCCUUCUUGAACGCACCCAUGAUCUCUUAUGUCAUCCAAGGUAAGGGAAUUCACGGAGCAGUUAUCCCUGGUUGCCCUGAGACUUAUGAAUCAGGACAAUCACAGAGAUCUCAAGAGCAGCACCAGAAGGUUCGCGCAAUCCGCGAAGGCGACAUCGUUGCCGCACCCGCCGGAGUGGCUCAAUGGAUCUACAACAACGGUGACUCUCCGCUUGUUAUCGUCACCUUCAUCGACGUCGCAAAUCCAGCUAACCAGCUCGAUCUAUUCGCUAGGAGAUUCCACCUCGGAGGAAACCCACAGAAGGAGCAACAAACAGAGCAACAAAUGCUCCGCCAAAGCCGAAGCCAAAGAAGCGAGAGCGCCGCCGAGCGGAGGAACCCUAACGGCAAAAGGAUUGUCCGAGUGAGGGGCGAGGUUCAGAUCUUGAGCCCCGGUAGGAUCCAGGAAGAAGAACGCGGAGAACGCCGAGGACGGUACGACGUCGAUAAUGGCUUAGAAGAGACUUUCUGCACUCUGAGGAUGAAGCAUAACAUCGACCGCCCGUCGCAUGCCGACAUCUUCAACCCUCGCGGCGGCCGCAUCACCACCGUCAACAGCCUCAACCUCCCCAUCCUCCGCCACCUCCAGCACUCCGCUGUCAGAGGAGUUCUCUACAGGGAUCAUUUUGGAUCCUGA